AUGAAAAGGUUGAAAAGAGGAAACUCAGAGGUGCUUAGGGGUCCAGAGGAAAUUAAUGCAAUGGACAGGAUCCUGAGAACCAAUGGGAGGCUGGGCAGCCCUAGAGCCCGAGGCCUGUCCUUCAGGGAAGGAGACAUUGCCAGCUCCUACAACAUACAGAGCCGCAGCGCCAUUACCUGCCCUGGUAACUCCUGCCUCUGGCCCAAGUCAGUGGAUGGAUCUGUCUAUGUUCCCUACAUUAUCUCUCCACAAUAUGAUGACAUGGAUAGAAUCACCAUAGAGAUGGGAAUGCUGGACAUCUUACUUGAAACGUGUGUGAAGUUUGUUCCUCGCAGCCAUGAAACCAACUUCCUGGAUAUACAGCCCAGGUUUGGUUGCUGGUCAUUCCUGGGUAUGACUGAAGGCCCUCAGCCCAUCUCCCUGCAGUCCCCUGGGUGCAUGUGGUCUGGAAUCGUCUCCCAUGAACUCAUGCACGCUCUGGGCUUUGUGCACGAGCAGUCCCGCUCUGACCGGGAUCGCCAUGUUUCUAUCAUGUGGGAAAACAUCAGGAAGGGUCAGAAGCAUAACUUUAAGAAGUACCAGACCAACAACCUCAAUACUGUCUAUGAUUACGGCUCCAUCAUGCACUAUGGCAGGUAUGCCUUCUCAGAGGACGGUAGCCCAACCAUCAUCCCCAAACCAGAUCCCAACACUCCUAUUGGUCAGCGAGAUGGACCCAGUGUUCUGGACAUACAGAAGAUAAACCUACUGUAUGAAUGUGGGGCCCAGGUCAGUUCAGCUGGGGUCCCAGGUCAGUUCAGCUGGGAGCCCAGGUCAGUUCAGCUGGGAGCCCAGGUCAGUUCAGCUGGGAGCCCAGGUCAGUUCAGCAGGGAGCCCAGGUCAGUUCAGCUGGGGGCCCAGGUCAGUUCAGCUGGGAGCCCAGGUCAGUUCAGCUGGGAGCCCAGGGUCAGUUCAGCUGGGAGCCCAGGUCAGUUCAGCUGGGAGCCCAGGUCAGUUCAGCAGGGAGCCCAGGUCAGUUCAGCUGGGAGCCCAGGUCAGUUCAGCAGGGAGCCCAGGUCAGUUCAGCUGGGAGCCCAGGUCAGUUCAGCAGGGAGCCCAGGUCAGUUCAGCUGGGAGCCCAGGUCAGUUCAGCAGGGAGCCCAGGUCAGUUCAGCUGGGAGCCCAGGUCAGUUCAGCUGGGAGCCCAGGUCAGUUCAGCUGGGGUCCCAGGUCAGUUCAGCAGGGAGCCCAGCCCAGGCCCUCACAGCCCAGGCCCUCACAGCCCAGGCCCAGCUGACUCCUGCCUCCUCCUACCUCACAGCCCAGGCCUAG